AAUGAGAGAGAACAGAUCAUGACCACCAACUGCUGGCUGACUCAGGUAUGGAAUGACUACAGGUUGAUGUGGGACCCAGAGGAGUAUGAGGGCAUUAAGAAGGUCCGCCUCCCGUCUCAACACAUCUGGCUGCCUGACAUCGUCCUCUACAACAAUGCGGAUGGGAACUAUGAGGUCUCAUUCUACUCCAACACGGUGGUCUCCAACAAUGGAGAGGUGAACUGGCUGCCCCCCGCCAUCUACAAGUCGGCCUGCAAGAUCGAGGUCCGCGACUUCCCCUUCGACCAGCAGAACUGCACACUCAAGUUCCGAUCCUGGACCUACGACCACACGGAGAUCGACCUGAUCCUGCUCAGCGACUUCGCCAGCCGCGACGACUUCAAGCCCAGUGGCGAGUGGGACAUCGUGUCUCUGCCGGGACGCAAGAACGAAGACCCCUCUGACAUCACCUACCUGGACAUCACCUAUGACUUCAUCAUCAAGCGCAAGCCACUGUUCUACACCAUCAACCUCAUCAUUCCCUGUGUCCUCAUCACCUCUCUGGCCAUCCUGGUGUUCUACCUGCCCUCUGACUGUGGAGAGAAGAUGACUCUCUGUAUAUCAGUCCUCCUGGCCCUCACUGUGUUCCUGCUGCUGAUCUCCAAGAUCGUCCCACCUACGUCCCUGGCUGUCCCUCUCAUAGGGAAGUAUCUGAUGUUUGCCAUGGUGCUGGUCACCUUCUCCAUCGUCACCAGUGUCUGUGUGCUCAACGUGCACCACCGCACGCCCUCCACACACACCAUGCCCCCCUGGGUCAAACGCCUCUUCCUGCACCGCCUCCCCUCCUUCCUGUUCAUGCGUCGCCCGGCCAACUCCAACAUCCGAGAGAGGUUCCGCCAGAAGCACCAGCGGCCCUCCUACUCCGACCUGAAGCUGAGAGACGGGGCAGUGGCCCCGGCCGCGGGGGGAAUGGGGGUGGCAGAGGGGUCUGGGAUAGGCAGGGCCGACUCCUUCUACGUGAAUGAGGAGUCGGCCAAGCGGUACGGCUGGAAGAUCAGCGACCUGUCGGAGAACACAGAGUUCAGAAAGAGGAUGACAGUGAAGUGUCACGCAGACGUUGAGGAGGCUGUGGACGGGGUGCGCUAUGUCGCCGAGAAGAUGAAGAGUGAGGACAACGAUGAGGGGGUCAUCGAGGACUGGAAGUAUGUUGCCAUGGUGAUCGACCGGCUCUUCCUGUGGAUAUUUGUGUUUGUGUGCAUUACUGGGACGUUGGGGCUGUUCAUGCAGCCCCUCUUCCAGAGCUACAACACACCCACGGCAGAUGACCUGGAGCAGAACUGACCUAUGACUUUUGACCCGAAACCUGACCCUGACGCCCCCCAACACCCCCACGAGGAACAACCGCCGCGAGUAAAACAGCUACUUACCAACACCUUGAAACAGAACUGUGUUAUUUUGACACACUCACAUACUGUACGCUCACAGCACACCGGCCGCCACCACACCAACCAAUGCCCCCCAACCACCCCACUUAACAUCUUGUAUGGAACAGAGCAACCCCACCAACCCUAGAAAAUGGGUCUGUUGUUUUUCAUUUUAUUUCUGCAUUUAGUUUGAAAAGGGGAACCAAUCUUUUCUGCAGAGUUCCAGAAUAAUUUGCUGAGCCCAAAGAUCCACACACACACACACACACACACACACACACGACGAGCCCGACCCUGGCCAGAAGACGAGGACAGAGCCUCCAGUCUCUGCUACAGAGAAGGACAGCUCCUCCGUGUGUCCUCGUCCAGUGAAGCACAGACACACAGACACACAGACAUAACUCUUGCCUUCAGACGAAGAGGGAGAGACGCAUUUCUUUAGACAGGAAUGCCAGCAGGCUUGUUAUUUUGCUGUGAAACAGGAAGCCUUGACUGUCUCCCCUCACGCUACAGUGUGUUGACUGAGUACUACUGUACAGUAUUCGGGACUGCUUCUGGCCCCAGGUGGUCAGUCACCUGAUGGUCUUUCAAUGCGUUAACAUGAGCUUUUUUAGUCGACCGGGUCAUGUGUGUUAUUUUACGUUCAAAAUGGUUGUUCUUAUGUGUUCAAAGAGGGUGGGACCAACGGAAAGCUGGCUGUUAAGUAAAAUGACCAUCAAACAGUUGUCACUCACCUUUGCUUCUCUUAAAGGUACAGUACGCCGGUGUAAGACGUGUUCAUUCUCACAAGGUUUUCCAGGUAACCAGCAGCUGUACACAAACUCCAUAAGUAAACCGGUCAAACUGAACAGCGUUUGGCUCUGCACUAGCGAUCUUCCAGGCGGUAUAAACACUGCUCAGUAUUUUUUCAGAAAUCUUUAACCUAAGUCUGUGUUCAACUUAUUUAUUGUCACUGUCAUAUAUGCACUCUGUCACUGCUAUAAAUGCUAGCCAAGGGAAGGAAUACUGUACACAUUUCAAGUGAAGAGUUUUGUUCUCAUCUCAUGUAUUUCUUUUCAUCAGUGUAAAGAAGGGGACAUGUGUUUUUCUUCCGCUGGCCAGUUAUGUGACCUGUUUUGGUUUGUCGUCCUGGACUGAUGUAUUCUGGGUUGCGCUCAGAAUUACAGGUAACAACGCUGAUGUCAUGUUAAA